UUUGUUUUGAAGCAGAAGGGGGAAUGAAACACUCCACUCAGCAUUGGGCUACAUUUUGUGUGAGCAAAGUUCCAGGAUUUGCUUCAGUGACUAUUCAGCAAUGGCAAGCCUUUCAGAAAUUAUCAAUCUCAAUGUGGGGGGUGUCAGGUUCUCUACGUCCAGACAGACGCUGACCUGGAUCCAAGACACCUUCUUCACCGCCCUGCUCAGUGGCAGGAUCUCCAGCAUGCGCGAUGAAACCGGCGCCAUCUUCAUCGAUCGUGACCCAAAGCUGUUCCGCGUCAUCCUCAAUUACCUGCGCACCAGGGACAUUGACCUAAGCGCGCUGGAGCUGGACGCGCUGCGGCACGAGGCCGAGUUCUACGGGCUGCAGCCGCUGGUGAGGCGCGUGCUCUUCCACGGCCUGCUGCCGCCGGGCUCCAUCGUCCGCCUGCCGGAGACGCCGCGCUCCCACUCCCGGCAGUCCUCGGCCGACCUGAGGUUCGUGGCCGGCCUGGCGCCACGGCCGCCGGCGGCGCUGCCCCGGCCGGGCCACUCUCGCGGCGGCUCGCUCGACCUCCGCCACGCGCACUCGCGGAGCUCGUCUGCCGACCUGAGCCGCCUUCUGCGCGCCGACCUUGGGCCGCUGCUGGCGCCGCCUGGCGGCGGCUGGGCCGAGCCGGCCGGCGUGCGGCUCAUCCGGGGACACCACAACUGGCUGGUGGCCGCCUACGCGCACCACGUCUCCUGCUAUCGGAUGAAGGACUCCACGGGCUGGCACCUGUUCUACACAUCGCCGCACAUCCCGGCCACCAUAGACCGUGUGGCGAUCAACGCCAAGGUGGUGCCGAACGGCUCUGUGGCCGACACCAGCACCAAGAUGCUGGGCAUCAGCUGCGGCGGCACCGUCCACCUCUGGGGCAUCUCCGAGGACGGCUCCAAGUCGGACGUCGGCCAGUUCAACCUGGGCGUACCAGUGGAGCACCUGUUCUUCAUCGGGCCGCAGCUGGUGGGGCUGUCGUCGGUGGGUAGGAUCGGCGUCUGGCACGCCAUGACGCACCACUGGCAGGCGCAGGAGGUGGGCCACAUCUCCAGCUUCGACCGCGCCGGCAGCUUCCUCCUGCUCGGCGGCACCAACGGCUCCAUCUACUACAUCGACAUGCAAAAAUUCCCGCUGCGUAUGAAGGACAACGACCUUCUGGUGACGGAGCUGUACCAUGACGCCAGCGACGAUCCUAUCACUGCCAUCAGCGUGUACCUGACUCCCAAAACGAGUAAGUCCGGCUGGGCCGAGUCAUGCGGUGCCGGCCGGCGCUGA